AUGGCACCCCAUUACAACACUCUUCAGAACAACCUUCAACAAGGAAGCAACCCAUCGCCUUAUGGUUCGGGUGAUCCUUACUAUAAUGAAUCGUCUGGUUUUAUUACCCCUCACCCAGUCAAAAAACGCUCCAAUACUUGGCUAAAGAUAGGCAUUCCUGUCCUUAUUGCUGUCAUCAUCGCAGCUGUAGUUGGUGGCGUCGUUGGAAGUCGAAAGAAGAGUAGUAGCAGCAGCGGCGGCGGCAAGGGCACAACGGCUGGAGAAGCCGCGGCAAGCUCGGCAGUCAGUGCUAAGCUUGCUAUCGGUCGAUUUGCCACAGCGACCAAUAGCGAAUUCAUGGACCCAUUUCAACCAUCUAAACCUAGUCCUACUACCACGCGAACUGAUCGGCCUCGCAUUAUUGCCCCAGCUUAUAAGUGGCAAGCACUCCCUGCCCUCAUCAAAAGUGACCCAUACCUUACGGGCUGGAACGCCACCAUCUUUGGCAAUGCCACCGCCUAUCUCUCCAUGCAGCCUGUCGUCUACCAUAUGGACGGCGCUAGUGGAAUCUUGGACAACGCCCGCGAAAUAAAAGCAAGAAUCAAGGCCUUUGCGUAUGUUUACCGCAUGACGAAUGACACAAAAUGGGUUGACCGUGCUUGGGAGGAAAUUCAAAACGCUGCAGGGAAUGGCACAACAGCUUUUGGACCAACCGUUGAUAAGUGGAAUACUGCACAUUUUCUAGACGCUGCCGAGUUGUCUUCCGCAUUUGGAAUCGCCUACGAUUGGCUCUACGACAUGUGGACUGCCGAGCAGAAAAGUCAAAUUAGGACAACGCUCAUUGAAUACGGUCUUCAGCCAGGUCUGUCCGUGUACGCUAAUCCAUCAAGCGUGACCUUUGGUUGGUGGACGAGCAACGUCACGGGCAAUUGGAAUUGCGUUUGUAACGGAGGUUUGACCGUGGGUUCCCUUGCUAUUCUAGGCGAUGACACAACGGGAGUUGCCCAGCAGUUGCUUGGAUAUACCAUCAACAACGCCAACCAGAACUGUGCCUUGGCGGUAGCAGAUGACGGGACAUGGGCGGAAACCGCGAAUUAUUGGUACUUUGGUACCACAGGACAUGCUGAGAUGGCAUCUGCUCUCAUCACAGCUACGGGUUCGCAUUACGGUCUCCUCGAUGUCAACCCUAACUUCGCAAAAACCGGUUUGUUCCAUAUGUAUGCGUAUGGCCCCACGUCUCUUUUCAAUUAUGGCGAUCAUGGCCCCAACAAGUUUUCCACGACGGCCAAUGCCAUGAUAUUCUACGCUGAGCAAUUCAAUCAGCCCCAGUUUGCGCUGCAUCAACGUGAGCAAUCUGAUGCUGCCGAACCAUGGAGCAUGUUUUGGUAUGAUCCGACGGUUUCUGGAGCGUUCUGGGAUGGAGCACCACUUGAUCAUUUCUUCGACAAUGCUCUUGAUCAAUGGGCUUCGAUGAGGAGCAGUUGGACGGACGGAAAGGCAUUAUUUGUCGCUAUCAAAGCGGGGCUUAAUCAAGGUCAUCAGACGCACAAUGACCUUGAUGUCGGCGACUUCGUGCUCGACGCUCUUGGGACGCGAUGGGCGGGAGAGCUUGGUUCCGGUGAUUAUCUGGCACCCGAUUAUUUCACUAGCGAUGCUCAGAACGCCGUUCGGUGGACGUACUACAGAAAGAUGACGGAAGGCCAGAACACCAUUCUGGUCAACCAGUCAAACCAGAAUGUUGCUGCGGCCCCCACUAUUCGUCACGAUUCGUCCGGAACGGCCCAAGGUUCAAGCACAGUCAUCAGCAUUCCAGAUACAUCAACAGCGUUCUGGACGACUGACAUGACGUCGGCCUAUUUCCAAGCGACAUCGGUCAAGCGAGGUGUUCGGACUCUCAAUGCCCGUCGACAAGUCCUGCUACAAGAUGAAAUCACUGCGCAGGCAGGUAUACAAUGGCGAAUGCACACCAACGCGACUGUUAGCGUUGAUACCGGAGGAACAUCAGCUACCUUGACGCUGGAUGGUCAGACCAUGAAGGUUUCGAUGCUCAAUCCGCCAUCGGGGGCAGCAUUCACAACGUCUGCUGCCGUUCGUUUCUCCACUGAUCCCACUCCCCCGGCAGCCGAUCAAGCUAACCCAGGUGUUACCGUUCUGAUUAUUAGCCUCCCUGCUGGCACGUAUAGUUUACAGGUGCUAUUUAAUCCGCAAUGGAGUGGAAUGUCGGCGAGUGAUUUUGUGACACCGCCGUCUGUUUCACUGGACAGUUGGUCUCUUACGAGCCACAAUUAA